AUGGCUGACGUUACUCAACAAUUUGAAAAGUUGUCCGUCAAGGACGAAUCCAAGGAUGUCAAGGACACCAAGGAACAAACCGAGUCGCCUGCUGCCGAAGAAUCUUCGUCGGUGAACGACUCGUCGGCGUCGUUGUACGUGGGUGAAUUGAACUUCAACAUCAACGAAGCCACCCUUUACGAAAUCUUCUCCCCCAUCGGUCAAGUUUCGUCGAUCCGGGUGUGCCGUGAUGCCGUGACCAAGAAGUCGUUGGGUUACGCCUACGUCAACUACCACAAGUUCGAAGAUGGUGAAAGAGCUAUUGAAGAGCUCAACUACACCCCCAUCGAAGGCCGUCCCUGCCGGAUCAUGUGGUCGCAACGUGACCCUUCGUCGAGAAGAAACGGUGAAUCGAACAUCUUCAUCAAGAACUUGCACCCCGACAUCGACAACAAGGCUUUGCACGACACCUUCUCGGUGUUCGGUAAGAUCUUGUCGUGCAAGGUCGCCACCGACGACAUGGGCAACUCCAAGUGCUUUGGUUUCGUCCACUACGACACCCCUGAAGCCGCCCAAGCUGCCAUCGAAAACAUUAACGGUAUGUUGUUGAACGACCGUGAAGUGUACGUCGGUAAGCACAUCUCGAAGAAGGACCGUGAAUCGAAGUUUGAAGAAAUGAAGGCUAACUUCACCAACGUCUACGUCAAGAACUUGGACGCUGAAUUCACUCAAGAACAACUUGAGGAAUUGUUCAAGCCCUUCGGUCAAAUCACCUCGGCUCACCUCGAAAAGGACCACGAAACCGGCAAGUCCAAGGGUUUCGGUUUCGUCAACUACGAACAACACGAAUCGGCUAAGAAGGCUGUUGAAGAAUUGAACGACAAGGAAAUCAACGGUCAAAAGAUCUACGUCGGUCGUGCCCAGAAGAAGAGAGAAAGAAUGGAAGAGCUCAAGAAGCAAUACGAGCUGACCAGACUCGAAAAGUUGUCGAAGUACCAAGGUGUCAACUUGUUCAUCAAGAACCUUGACGACUCGAUCGACUCGGAAAAGCUCGAAGAAGAAUUCAAGCCUUUCGGUACCAUCACCUCGGCCAAGGUCAUGGUUGACGACACCGGCAAGUCCAAGGGUUUCGGUUUCGUGUGCUUCUCGUCUCCUGAAGAAGCUACUAAGGCUAUCACCGAAAUGAACCAAAGAAUGGUUCUCGGCAAGCCUUUGUACGUCGCUCUUGCCCAACGCAAGGACGUCAGACGUUCGCAACUCGAACAACAGAUCGCUGCCCGUAACCAAAUGCGCAUGCAAUCGGCUGCUGCCACCGGUGCUUUGCCCGGUCAAUUCGGCAUGCCCCCCGCCAUGUUCUACGGCCAAGGUGGCUUCUUCCCUGGUGGCCCCCGUGGCAACCAAGGUCCCCAAGGCGGCCAACCUCCCUUCCCUCCUCAAAUGAUGAUGGGUCAACAAGGUGGCCGUGGCGGUAGACCUCAAGGCCAACCCGGUCAAUUCGACCCCGCCCAACAAGGCUGGGGCCCCCGUGGUGCUCCCGUUGGCCCUAACGGUCAACCCAUGCCCUACAUGAUGCCUGGCUACCCCCCUCAAGGCAUGCAACAAGGUCCCCGUGGCUACUACGGCCCCGGCGGUAACCGUGGCGGCAAGAACCAAGGCCAACAACGUCCCCGUGACUUGGCUGCCGUGAUUGCCAACUUGUUGCCCGACCAACAAAAGCGUGUCUUGGGUGAAGAAUUGUACCCCAAGAUCGUUGCCACCGGCAGAGCCCAAGAGCCCGAAGCCGCCGGUAAGAUCACCGGUAUGAUGUUGGACUUGGACAACCAAGAAAUCUUGGCGUUGUUGGAAGACGAAGAGUUGUUCAACAACCACUUCGAAGACGCUUUGACCGCUUUCGAAGAAUACAAGAAGUCCAACGCCGAGUAA